AAAAAUGCGAAAACCGUGAAUUUUUGGUUAUAUCAUAAAAAAAAAUUAAAAUGUGUUUCAAUUUUCAAAGUAAUAUAAUUAUGCCCAGUGGGGCAUCAUAUGUAAGGGCUUCACCUGUUCAUUCUAAAACAGAUUUUUAUUUAUUUUUAUUUAUCGUGCAAAAUGUCGAAAAAAAUACCCGAAAACGGAACCCUCGGAGCGCGAGUCUGACUCGCACUUGGUCGGUUUUUUUUAAACAUUCGAAGAUUCUGAUUAAUUAAUUUUGUAUGAUAUCUUGGUGCAGGGGUACCUUCUUGUUUUUAUUUUGCUAAACCGUUUAAGCAGCUGCUUAUCAACCCUGCUCUGGCCUCGGCCCUGUACAAGUAGAGGCCGUCAUCAGAAACGUGUACAGCCUACAAAUGCCUAUCUAUACCUAACUUAUCUACCAAAUUCACUUAAAAUCGGUAAGUAUAUGACCAAAUUACUGCGCAGUGUAAUUGAAGUGUUCGUCAAGAUGGUGCUUUAUUUAGUCAUUGUAUUAAUUUUUACAAUAUUAUUCUAUGUUCUGAAAAAAUUCAUAAUGAAAAAUCAAGAUUACUGGAAAAAGAAGAAUGUGGCACAUUUGAAACCUUUACCAUUAUUUGGUAAUCACUUAGAAACGAUUUUAUUACAAAAACAUGUUACUCAAGUGACUCACGAAAUUUGUCAGCAGUUUCCCAAAGAGCCAUACAUCGGGACUUUGUUUGGCACGAGACCUGCUCUUAUUAUAAAAGAUCCCGAGUUGCUGAAGCUUGUUUUAUCCAGAGAUUUUUAUUACUUCAGUGGCAGAGAUGUAUCAGACUACUCGCACAGGGAACAGGUCACGAAGAGUCUGUUUUUCAGUGGAGGUGAUGAAUGGAAAGUCCAGCGUCAGAAUUUGUCCCCCCUGUUUUCGUCUGCUAAAAUCAAAGGCAUGUUUUAUUUGAUAAAGGAUUGUGCUAAUCAGUUGGAACGCUUAUUGGAAGAGGAAACCAAUAGUCUACCAUACAUCGAUGCAAAAUUUUUAUUCGCAAGGUAUACGAUAGAUUGUAUAACAACAUGUGCAUUUGGUUUAAAUCCGAACACUAUGAAUUCUGUAAGGGAUGCUACAAACCCUUUUAUGAGUAUAGGCGAGAAGAUAUUCGACACAUCAAAGGCGAGAGGCUUGAAAAUGCAUUUUCGUAUGAUAUGGCCCUCAUUGUUUUACGCAUUAAGAUUACGCAUGUUCGAAGAGAGAGUAUUUUCUUUCUUCCAUAGCCUUUUAACGAACAUUUUUACCAAUCGCCAGACUGUAAAAUCGUCUAGAAAUGACUUCGUUGACCUAAUUUUGGGUUGGAAACAGAACAACCAUAUAACUGGAGCUAGAUUAGGCAAUAAAAUUAGUAGCAAUGAAACGGUGAGUCUUGAGGUUAACAAUGAAUUACUCGUGGGUCAAUGUGUAGUGUUUUUUGGCGCUGGAUCCGAAACAACUGCCACAUCUUUAAGUUUUGUCUUAUAUGAACUAGCGAAACACCAAGAAAUUCAACAAAAAUUGAUAGCAGAAAUUGAUGCUUAUUUCAAGAAAAGCAACGGUGCUAUUGAGUAUGCGUGUAUAAAUGAACUGCCCUAUCUCGAAGCAUGCAUUGACGAAAGCCUUCGCCUCUACCCAGCACUGGGAGUGCUUACCAGAGAUGUUAUGGAUGACUACACUUUUCCCACAGGUCUCCGUGUACAGAAAGGAGAUCUCAUUCAGAUACCAGUAACAUAUAUUCAUCAAAAUCCCGAUUAUUACUCGGAACCCGAACAGUUUCGCCCUGAACGUUUUUAUGGAGAAGAAAGGAAAAAUAUAAAACCAUUUACAUUCUUGGGGUUUGGAGAGGGUCCUAGGACGUGCAUUGGUCAACGGUUUUCCAAGAUGCCUAUGUACGCCGGACUUUUGACUAUUUUUAAGAACUAUCGGAUUGAACUAGCAGAAAAUAUGCCAAGCCAUGUUAAACUGGAAACGACUUCUAUAGUUAUUACGCCGGCAUCAGAAAUUAACCUUAAGUUUAUACCUCGAAAUAAAUAAAUCAAAAUGUUUGUCAGCUACAAAUCGUCUUACU